AUGUCACACUCAUCAAGAAAGAAAUUACUACUUAUGGGUCGAUCAGGUUCUGGUAAAUCAUCAAUGAGAUCAAUUAUCUUUUCGAAUUAUAGUGCAUUUGAUACCAGAAGAUUAGGUGCAACUAUAGAUGUUGAAUUAUCCCAUUUAAGAUUCUUAGGAAAUAUGACAUUAAAUUUAUGGGAUUGUGGAGGACAAGAUGUAUUUAUGGAUAAUUAUUUUACUAAUCAAAAAGAUCAUAUUUUCAAAAUGGUACAAGUUUUAAUUCAUGUAUUUGAUGUUGAAAGUAAAUCAAUUAAUAAAGAUAUUGAAAUAUUUAUAAAAUCGUUAACGAAUUUACAAAAAUAUAGUCCUGGUGCUAAAAUCUUUGUAUUAUUACAUAAAAUGGAUUUAGUUCAAAUUGAUAAACGUGAAGAAUUAUUUAAUAUAAUGAUGGAUAAAUUACAAAAAAUUUCCAAUCCAUAUCAAUUUAAAUUAAUUGGGUUUCCUACAUCAAUUUGGGAUGAAAGUUUAUAUAAAGCUUGGUCACAAAUUGUUUGUUCAUUAAUUCCAAAUAUUAAUUUAUUUAAUAGUAAUUUAAUUAAAUUUAAUUCUAUUUUAGAUGCUGAAGAAAUUAUCUUGUUUGAAAAGACAACUUUUUUGGUCAUAUCUUCAACUGCAUCAAUUCAACAACAACAACAACUACAAGAUCUGAAUGGAGGACUCAUGAAUAAUAAUAAUAGCACCAGCACUAGUGUUGAAGAAUUAGAUCCAAAAAGGUUUGAAAAGAUUUCAAAUAUUAUUAAAACAUAUAAACAAUCAAUAUCAAAAUUAAGAACAAAUUUUAGAAAUUUAAUAAUACGAGGUAGUAAUGGAAAUAAUUUCUAUAUUGAUAUCUUAACUGAAAAUAUGUUUAUUAUGAUUGUAUUAAAAGAUAAACCUCAAUUAGAAAAUAAUUAUAUUCAACAACAUGAAGAAUUAUUAAUAUUAGAUAACAUAAGAGCUGCUAGAAAAUGGUUUGAAAAGAUUGAAAACUCAGGAAGUAGUUAG